AUGCAUGCAGGCAUAGGUGCAGCUGGUGCUGGUGCUUCUGCUGCUGGUGGUGCGGCGGAUGAGGCGGUGACGCGGGCGUGGGUGGGCGGGCUGCGAGUGCUGGUGGUGGACGACACGCCCGUCAACCUCCUCGUGGCCCGCCGCUCCCUCGCCCGCUGGGGCGCCCGAGUCACCACUGCCGCCCACGGGGAGGAGGCGAUUGAGUUGAUCACUGCUGACCUCGUCUCCACCGCCUUCCACGAGGAGGAGGAGAGAGGGGAGGAAACACUUGGGGAGGAGGGGAAAGGGCUGCAGGAGGCGAGAGGGCAGCAAGAGGCGAGGAGGCAGGAGGAGGCGAGAGGGGAGGAGGAGGCAAAAGGGCAGGAGGAGACGGGUGUGUUAUCAUUGCAGCAUGGCUUCGACUUGGUUCUCAUGGACCUGCAGAUGCCAGGCAUGGACGGCUUCGCAGCAGCAGCAGCCAUACGAUCCCUUGAAAGGAGGGUCAAUUUUGAAGCCAUUUCACGGGCACAGCGAUUGCAGCAGCCGAUGCAUCAUCAAGCCCCUUCUGUUCUGCCUGUCCCUCUCCUAGAAGCUUCAAAUCCUGCUGCUGCCACUGUUGGCUGGCCCAUAUCUCUGCGGGUUCCCAUAGUGGCAAGUGCAACUGCUCCUGCUGCUCAGCCCAUGUCUCUGCGGCUGCCCAUAGUGGCUCUGACAGCAGACGUGGAUCGCGGAGUGGUGCAGAGGUGUGCAGAGGGGGGGUUUGACGGUGUGCUGCAGAAGCCAGUGGAUGCCCACCUGCUCGCCGCCCAUCUCUCCCAAAUGCACCCCCAGAGGUCCUUCCCCCGGGCCGUGUCACACCCCGCUGUUAGUCGAACCAUAAACAGGCACGACAGGUGCAGCAGUCAAUGA